AGCAAGGUGGCUUCCUGGGUGGCUUCCUGGGUGGCUUCCUGGGUGGCUUCCUGGGUGGCUUCCUAGGUGGCUUCCUAGGUGGCUUCCUGGGUGGCUUCCUGGGUGGCUUCCUGGGUGGCUUCCUGGGUGGCUUCCUGGGUGGCUUCCUGGGUGGCUUCCUGGGUGGCUUCCUGGGUGGCUUCCUGUGUGGCUUCCUAGGUGGCUUCCUGGGUGGCUUCCUCGGUGGCUUCCUAGGUGGCUUCCUAGGUGGCUUCCUGGGUGGCUUCCUGCGUGGCUUCCAAGGUGGCUUCCGGUGUGGCUUCCUGGGUGGCUUCCAAGGUGGCUUCCUGGGUGGCUUCCUAGGUGGCUUCCUGGAUGGCUUCCUAGGUGGCUUCCUAGGUGGCUUCCUGGGUGGCUUCCUAGGUGGCUUCCAAGGUGGCUUCCUGGGUGGCUUCCUGGGUGGCUUCCUGGGUGGCUUCCUUGGUGGCUUCCUGGGUGGCUUCCUGGGUGGCUUCCUGGGUGGCUUCCAAGGUGGCUUCCGGUGUGGCUUCCUGGGUGGCUUCCUGGGUGGCUUCCUAGGUGGCUUCGUGGGUGGCUUCCUAGGUGGCUUCCUACGUGGCUUCGUGGGUGGCUUCCUAGGUGGCUUCCUCGGUGGCUUCCUGGGUGGCUUCCUGGGUGGCUUCCUGGGUGUCUUCCUGGGUGGCUUCCUGGGUGGCUUCCAAGGUGGCUUCCAAUGUGGCUUCCAAGGUGGCUUCCUGGGUGGCUUCCUAGGUGGCUUCCUCGGUGGCUUCCUGGGUGGCUUCCUUGGUGGCUUCCUGGGUGGCUUCCUAGGUGGCUUCCUGGGUAUCUUCCUAGGUGGCUUCCUCGGUGGCUUCCUGGGUGGCUUCCUGGGUGGCUUCCUGGGUGGCUUCCUAGGUGGCUUCCUGGGUGGCUUCCUGGGUGGCUUCCUGGGUGGCUUCCAAGGUGGCUUCCGGGGUGGCUUCCUGGGUGGCUUCCUGGGUGGCUUCCAAGGUGGUUUCCUAGGUGGCUUCCUGGGUGGCUUCCUAGGUGGCUUCCUGGGUGGCUUCCUAGGUGGCUUCCAAGGUGGCUUCCUGGGUGGCUUCCUAGGUGGCUUCCUGGGUGGCUUCCUGGGUGGCUUCCUAGGUGGCUUCCUGGGUGGCUUCCAAGGUGGCUUCCGGGGUGGCUUCCUGGGUGGCUUCCUAGGUGGCUUCCUGGGUGGCUUCCUGGGUGGCUUCCUGGGUGGCUUCCUAGGUGGCUUCCUGGGUGGCUUCCAAGGUGGCAUCCUGGGUGGCUUCCUGGGUGGCUUCCUAGGUGGCUUCGUGGGUGGCUUCCUAGGUGGCUUCCUGGGUGGCUUCCUGGGUGGCUUCCUAGGUGGCUUCCUGGGUGGCUUCCUAGGUGGCUUCCUGGGUGGCUUCCUAGGUGGCUUCCAAGGUGGCUUCCUGGGUGGCUUCCUAGGUGGCUUCCUAGGUGGCUUCCUGGGUGGCUUCCUAGGUGGCUUCCUGGGUGGCUUCCAAGGUGGCUUCCGGGGUGGCUUCCUGGGUGGCUUCCUAGGUGGCUUCCUGGGAGGCUUCAUAGGUGGCUUCCUAGGUGGCUUCCUAGGUGGCUUCCUGGGUGGCUUCCUAGGUGGCUUCCAAUGUAGCUUCCUAAGGGCUUCCUAG